AUGCCCGGCACAUCUCCAGUCAUCCUCAUCCUCGGAGCAGGACCUAAUAUUGGUCAGGCAGUUGCUCGGACCUUUGCCUCGAAAGGCUACAAAGUUGCCCUCGCUGCCCGGUCACUGCGAGAGGAAGACAGCACAGACAAUCACCUGCACAUCACGAGCGACUUCGCCAACCCCGACGAUGUCGUUGACGCUUUCACUCAAACUAAGAAAGUACUGGGCAUCCCAAGUGUAGUUGUCUACAAUGUCAGCGCCUCGACACUCACCCCUCCCAACGACCCAUUUGCUCUCCCGUUGGCUUCUUUCAAUCGAGACGUCGCCAUCAAUGUCACCAGUGCCUUUGUCGCUGCGCAGCUGGCUACCCUCGGCUUUGCGCAGCUUCCUGCUUCUGUAUCCAGGACAUUCAUCUACACGGGAAAUAUUCUGAACGUCACAAUCCUCCCAUCAUUUCUCGACCAGGGCGUUGGCAAGUCGGCCGGUGCACACAUGGUGCGGGCUGCUGCUGCGGCAUAUAAAGACCGUGGGUUCAAGUAA